CAGAAGCCAGGGCUUCUGCUACACGACGUGACCAUGGCCGGGCUGCAGGAGCUGCGAUUCCCGGAGGAGAAGCCGCUGCUCCGGGGCCAGGACGUCGCUGAGCUGGAGAACUCCGACACCUUCCUCUUGACUGUGGACACAGACUGGAAGGAACAUGACAUUGAGACCCCUUACGGCCUUCUACACGUGGUGAUCCGGGGCUCCCCCAAGGGGAACCGCCCGGCCAUCCUCACCUAUCAUGAUGUGGGCCUCAAUCACAAGCUGUGCUUCAACACCUUCUUCAACUUUGAGGACAUGCAGGAGAUCACCAAGCACUUCGUGGUGUGCCACGUGGAUGCCCCCGGUCAGCAGGUGGGGGCGUCACAGUUCCCUCAGGGGUACCAGUUCCCCUCCAUGGAGCAGCUGGCAGCCAUGCUCCCCAGCGUGGUGCAGCACUUCGGGUUCAAGUACGUGAUUGGCAUUGGAGUGGGAGCUGGAGCCUAUGUGCUGGCCAAGUUCGCACUGAUCUUCCCUGACCUGGUGGAGGGGCUGGUGCUGAUGAACAUCGACCCCAAUGGCAAAGGCUGGAUUGACUGGGCUGCCACCAAGCUCUCGGGCCUGACCAGCACCUUACCCGACACGGUGCUAUCCCACCUCUUCAGCCAGGAGGAGCUGAUGAACAACUCGGAGCUGGUGCAGAGCUACAGGCAGCAGAUCGGGAAUGUGGUGAACCAGGCCAACCUGCAGCUCUUCUGGAACAUGUACAACAGCCGCAGAGACCUGGACAUUAACCGGCCUGGAACGGUGCCUAAUGCCAAGACACUCCGCUGCCCCGUGAUGCUGGUAGUCGGGGACAAUGCGCCUGCCGAGGAUGGGGUGGUUGAGUGCAACUCCAAACUGGACCCAACCACCACGACCUUCCUGAAGAUGGCAGAUUCCGGGGGGCUCCCCCAGGUCACACAGCCCGGAAAGCUGACUGAAGCCUUCAAAUACUUUCUGCAAGGCAUGGGCUACAUGCCCUCGGCCAGCAUGACCCGUCUCGCCCGCUCUCGGACCGCGUCCCUCACCAGCGCCAGCUCGGUGGAGGGCAGCCGCCCGCAGGCCUGUACCCAGUCGGAGAGCAGCGAGGGGCUGGGCCAGGUCAACCACACCAUGGAGGUGUCCUGUUAAAGGCCUUGGUUCCCUGAAGACGCCCAUGUGCCCCUGCCCACAUCGAAGUCCCACUGCCAUCCUCGCGCCGGCUCUUUUUCUGUUUCGUUUAUUUCUGUGAGGGCAAAGGGCAGGGAAUGGGGUUACAUCUCUUAGAUGCUACAGCACAACAGUCUCCAGAUGGUUCCCCAUCUCACUAACCCUGUGGACUUGGCUAACUUGGACCCGUCUCUUCCAGCCCCCACCACCCGGGCAGGAAGGGGAUCAGCUAAGGAAAGACAGCCCUUCUCUGGCCAGGAUCCAGGAUAAUAUCCUGCAUUAAGGAAAGAGAACUGGAUGACCCCCUCGGGCAGGCAGGUCUGACGGUGGGGUGGAGUUGUGAGGCGAUGGGUGCUGGCACAGCAGGAGCACGGGGUCCAGCUCAGGCACUGGCGUGAGAACCAGGGGAUGGCAGCAGGGAGCAUUGGCAGGUGAGCAGCCCUGGAGCUCUGCAGCUCCCCACACCCCCAACCCCUCCACCAAGCACAUCUGUUUCUGUCUUGUAGCACACGUGACAAUCAUCUGAACAGUAGCCACAAGGGGGGCCCCUACCAGGCCGCUGUUUUGCUGGUGCUGAAGGGCCAGGCAGGCAGGGGUCUAAGGGGGUUUCUCUGUCCAAGGAAAACAAAACAGUAUCCUGAGGGCAGGAACCCCACAAACUAUCUCUUCCAGUUCACACACUCCGCCACCUCCUGGCCCUGUCCCAUUUCUGAGCUAAGGCCCUGAAGCAGAAAGUCUCCUGGUCUUCCAUCUCCAUAGGGACCUGACUUGGGGGCUGAGGUUAACUUUAGGCUGGGAUAGCCAGUGAGGACUGGGUGCACCCCUGCCUUUGGGAGCCAGCAUGUGGCCACAGGUGGCAGUGGCUCAAAGUCCCAAUAGAUCGCUUUUUUGCCCCCAGGUUCCAUGAAGGACAGUAUGGCCAAGGCCACCAGAAAUAUGGUAUUUCUAGGGAGAGUUCUGGUAAACUUAUGCCAGCAUUUCACCUAGGCAUCACUGAGUUUAUUUAGAACCAGCCCAGGGUAGCAAGACUUCUGUAGGUCCCAUCACCAUCUCAGCCUGUUGGAGUGGCUUGGGCUGGGGCUUUGCUGGACCCUAGGGUGGGAGGUGAAGGUUCCUGAAGUGACCAUGCACCAGGCAGAAGAGAAAGGAUCCC